GUACGUCGUGCUCGUGAGUCGCGGCGAGAGUGAGCGAGUCAGUGGUUGGAUUUUCGAAUGAUGCCUUGGUGAUGAUAAGUGUUGAGUGUUAUGAUAAGGACCGAUUAAAAGUGUCUCAGAUAGAUAGUUAAAAAAAAAAGAGGGAUCAUGAGGUUCACGGCGUGCAUCCUCCUCUCGCUCACAUUGCAUGCCGCAGCUCUGAUUCAGGUCGUGGAUAGCGCCGAGGGUGAAAGUUACUCGAAGUAUCUACAAUCGCCUCCGCUGAUCACGAAACAGCCACCUACGGACGAAUUGCUAUUUCAAGUGGCUCAGGUCAGCAAAAAUGAAAACGAAAAGCCUUUCUUGAUAGAAUGUGAGGCUGAAGGUGAACCUGCACCAAGAUACCGAUGGAUCAAAAACGGCAAACACUUCGAUUGGCCAGCCUACGACGACCGAAUGUCCCAACAACCGGGUCGAGGAACCCUGGUUAUUUCCAAGCCGAAAGAAGAGGACAUGGGACAGUACCAAUGUUUCGCUGAAAACGAAUGGGGCACAGCCACCUCAAACUCGGUCUUUGUCCGAAAGUCGGAACUGAAUGCCUUCAAGGAGCAGGGUCGGAAAACCGCCGAGGCCGAGGAGGGAAAUCCGUUCAAGUUGACCUGCGAACCACCGGAUGGUUGGCCAAAACCAAGUGUCUACUGGUUGAUCCAGGACCCCACCGGCAGCAUAAAAUCCAUCAAUAAUUCGCGAAUGACUCUCGAUCCCGAGGGAAGUCUCUGGUUCAGCAAUGUGACGAAAUUCGACGCCUCGGAAAAUUCAUUCUACACUUGUGCGGCCUAUUCCGAGUUCCGCAACGAGUACAAAUUGGGAAACAAAGUUCUUCUGCACGUGAAUAGCGCGAGUGCAUCGGCAAGUCAAAAUAAACAUCCGCCGGUUCGACAGUACACGAGUCGGAAAAAUGAAGUCGCCUUCCGCGGUGGCAAGCUGGAACUUUAUUGUAUUUAUGGUGGUACGCCCUUGCCGCAAAUUGUCUGGAAUCGAAAUGGCAGAUAUAUACAGCUGAAUGAUCGGGUCACUCAGGGGAAUUAUGGGAAGUCGUUGGUGAUAAAACACGUUGGAUUUGAGGAUGAAGGGACUUACACUUGUGAAGCGUCGAAUGGAGUUGGAGAUGCUCUCUCGCACUCGAUACAUGUUGAGGUUCAAGCUGUGCCGUACUUUACAACGGAACCGGAAAUUCAGAGCGCUGCCGAAGACGAGACUGUUGAAUUCAGAUGCGAGGCGAGUGGUGUUCCUGAGCCCCAAAUCAACUGGAUCUACAAUGGAAAGCCGAUCACGGAAGCAGAGCCCAAUCCUCGGAGAAGAGUCUCCCAGAAUAAAAUCAUAAUUGAGAAGCUCUCGAAAAAGGACACCGGAAAUUAUGGCUGUAACGCAACCAAUUCUCUCGGCUACGUGUACAAAGAUGUCUACGUCAAUGUCCUGGCGCUUGCUCCGGAAAUCCGCGAACCGCCAAGCGAUGAGGUUGUUGUUGACGGAAAAACCGUCAAGUUGACUUGUCGAGUCUUUGGUGCCCCGAAACCCGAGGUCAAGUGGAUCAGAAACGGCCAAGAGCUUACGGGCGGCAGAUACAAAAUCCUCUCUUCCGGGGAUCUGGAGAUUGAGAAUGUGGCUUUUGCUGAUGCCGGGGAAUUCACUUGCCAUGCUCGGAACAAAUUUGAUGAGGUCGAGGCUUCUGCCACGUUGACGGUCAAAGAACAUACGAGGAUCACUGAUGUGCCUAUGGAUUACGAAGUCGCUGCAGGAGAAACUGCGACCUUUAGAUGUAACGCCGUCACAGAUUCAAGUUUAACGAUUGUGAUCGACUGGUUAAGAAAUGGCGAAGCUCUCGAUUUCGAAGGGGAGCCAAGAUUCGUCCAGAGCUCCGACUUUUCGCUUUCGAUUACAAAAACAACCGAACUCGAUUCUGGCAUGUACAGCUGUGUCGCGAGAACUGAAUACGACGAGGUCAAGGCUCAAGCGACCCUGAUUGUCCAGGACGUUCCGAAUUCGCCAGAAUUGAGAAGUGUCAGUUGCAGGUCCCGAGAUGCGGAAGUUACGUGGCGGCCCCUGGGAGAUAACAGGGCACCAAUUUUGAGAUACACUGUUCAGCACAAUACCUCCUUCACCCCCGACACUUGGGACAUUUCGAAAGAUUACAUCUCGGCUACUGAGACCACUACUCUGGUGCCAAUGUCGCCCUGGGCGAAUUAUACCUUCAGGGUCGUCGCUUGGAACAAAAUUGGACCCUCGCAUGCUUCUGCACAUAGCAGUGAGAUUUGCACAACACAGCCAGAUGUUCCUUACAAAAAUCCGGAGAAUGUACUGGGAAAAGGAACGGAAGCUACAAAUCUCGUAAUCACCUGGACAGUAAUGCCUCAAAUAGAACACAAUGCUCCCAGAUUUAUGUACAGGGUUUAUUACAAACGAGAUAUUCCGGGAGAAAACUGGAAAAUCGAGGAUAUAAAUGAUUGGAGGACAAAUAGACUUCAGGUCGAUCAUCAGCAGACAUAUCAACGCUACAGAAUUAAAAUUAGCGCUAUUAAUGAAAAGGGAGAAUGCAGAACGCAGCCUUCGGAAGUUAUUGGAUAUUCAGGAGAAGAUGUUCCUUUGCAAGCGCCUGGAAAUUUCACGCUAAUCCAGGUGAAUUCGAGCACAAACGCAAUCGUUUCCUGGAGUCCGGUUCCUGUCGAAUCCGUCAGAGGCGAAUUAGUUGGCUACAAAAUUCAAACCUGGACUGAUAGAGACGGUGAGGAAGGAAUGCGGGAAAUUAACGUCAGAGGCGCAAAUACGACUCGUACUCUUGUCACCAAAUUUGUUCCAUACAGCAAAAAUUACGUCAGAAUUUUGGUCUACAACGGACGAUACAAUGGUCCACCUUCGGAGACUCUGAGCUUUGAUACGCCAGAAGGCGUUCCGGGAACAGUUUUAAGUCUCGAUGCGUUCCCAAUGGGAUCGAGUGCAUUUUUUCUGACCUGGACGAAACCCGCGGAGCCGAAUGGCAUUCUGACUGGCUAUAGAAUUUAUUAUCAAAUUGUAAAUGGAUCGAGACUGGAGCCGGAACUCGAGAGGAAACCGAGGAUUACUGAUCCUGCAGCUGUCAGUGCCAAACUCGCGGGUUUACAGCCGGAAACAAAAUAUAGAAUUCAUAUUCGUGCGACGACGAAUGCGGGAGAAGGAAACAAUUAUUUUAUAGAACAAGUAACACGAGGUUCCCAGAAACCAGACGUGCCAAUAUUUACGUGGCGAGCAGUUGCACAAGAAACGGGUUAUGCGACAGUGAAACUGAUCUGGCAACCAAAUUAUAAUGGUCACCCCGGAAGUCACUUCUAUGGUAGAUACAAACUUCGAGGGGAGACAAUUUCAUUGCAAACGGAUCCUGAGUAUCUCUCUCACGAAUUGCAGAUUAACGGGCUUUUAAGUGGAGAAACCUACACAAUGACAAUCGUCGCCGUCGACGGAAAUUUCUUGACAGAAAGUGCGCCGCAGGAUAUUGAGACUACGAACGAAGGACCAAUAAUUCAAGCUAAAGAAAAUGUUGCCACUGCUGGAUGGUUCAUUGGUAUGAUGUUGGCGAUCGCUUUUCUACUCUUUGUCCUGAUUAUCGUCUGCGUGAUAAAGAGGAAUAGAGGUGGAAAAUACGCCGUUCACGAAAGGGAAUUGGCCGCGGGUCGUGGUGAUUAUCCCGAGGAAGGCGGUUUCCACGAGUAUUCGCAACCCUUGGACACAAAGUCUGAGAGAGGAAGGGCUUCACUCGCUUCUUCCGCUCAUCACGAUGGCAAACAUCCGGAAUCUGAUACGGAUUCCAUGGCGGAAUACGGAGAAGGCGACACUGGUCAAUUUACCGAAGAUGGUUCUUUUAUUGGGCAAUAUGGCCCGAAAGGCAGACCUGAGGAGACGCCGUCGAUUCCAACCGGGACGAUAGCAACCUACGUUUAACCUUCGUUCCUGCCACAAAAAUUCGGAUUCUCUUCUCGCUGAGAUUUCGCAAUUCGAACUCAGCACAAUUCGCCUGCAGCUGUUAAUUGUAAGCGUUUUGCGCUGGGCGCAACGUCCACUCUAUACUGCCAAUUAGAACUCACAUUUUGUCUUUCUUAGUCAACUUAAGCAUAAAGAAAAAUACAAGAAAAAAAAACUUUCGCUCAAAGCUGAAAGCUGAAAAAGUUCAAAUACUCAAAUUUGACGAAAGAAGAAUCUCAAUGUCAAUUUCCAUUGAAUUUGACCAAAAGCUUUUUGCUAGGUCGUAAAAUAACAAAUAAAAUUAACCAAAACAAAUGACAAAGCUCUUUACAAAAGAGUUCAAACAUGACAAAAGAAGACGAAAACACUUGACUUUCGACCAAUUUUCAUUCUCACCUCAAACUUUACCUUCAUGUCGAGUUUACUAAGAAGUCCAGAAUGUGUUUAGAUGUUUCAUAGCGCGCUAGCUAAUUUCAGAAACGGUCUCGUAUAAAAAAGAAACGCUCGAGCAUUACUAUGUAAUGAUUUAUAAAUAUUUAAAAAAAAACUUUAUUUAAAGGGCGCUUGAUUUUGGAAUCUUUCCAAAUUCAAAAGCGUUUUUAGUAGUAUAGCUGUGAGUGUCACUCGACUUACCGACGGUCGGUAAUGCCCUCUGUCGGUAAAUGGAGUGACUUUAUCACAGCUACACUACUAUUUCUAAAAAUUAGCCUUGCAUGCAAAUCAAAAAAUAGUCUUGUAAUUUAAAUCUAAACUCGAGCGUCUCUCUUUAAAGUUUCUUUCGACUACUUUUUUCUUUUCUUCUCUGGGCCAGACUUAACUAUCACUGCUUCUCACAGGGUAACCACGUUAUGUUUGUAUCGUUUCAAAAUAUGUAUGCAAAGCGUUUCCGAAAUUUUCAACAUUUCUUUUCUUGUUGAGAAUCUCGAAAGCAACUGAGUUGGGGAAAGAGCAGCGACCAUAGUCUGGCCUCUUUGACUGACCUCAGAGAACAAAACAAAAACAAAAAAAGCGAAGAAACAAAAAAAAACUAAACUAAAGUAACCCUUCUCAUCAUUUGUACGAUUCCAGAGUAGCGAGAUAUACGAGAGAUAUUAAUUAUUGAUACGAUAUUGAGAAAGAUUAUUGUAAAUGCACUAUUAGUAGUUAAAAAGUGAGAACACAAGGCCUCUAAUUGUUGCUUUUUGUACGUGAAACGCGCUUUCGGAUAAUCACUUCCGUUUCUUUCUCGUUCUAAAAACGCUUAACGCCUUCUUUUCCCAUUUUUAUUCCCAGGGGGAUUGAAACUGUUCUUAUUUCUAGCAUAUUUCUUAUCGCACGAUCGAUGUAGCGAGCGAGGAGCGCAGGGCGAUUCAUUUUUUCUUUUUUUCUUCUUUUUUUUUCUUGCAAUUUCGAGACGCCUUUCGCUCCACGUCAAUGUAGUUACGGUAUAUAAUUAUUUAAUAUAUUGAGCAUUGAAUAUAUAUAUAAAGAUAUAUAUUUAAAAGAUAAAAAGAAGAAGAAGAAAAAACUCACCUCGAGACAAGAGAGCAGCUAUUUAAUUUUUAGGGGUUGCUGAUUUGCGAUUGGGCUGCGGGCGCACUCAAAUUGCAUCGAAAAAUGUUUUUCCUCAUUUACAUCAUUUUCGAAGCAGAUUGAGGACGAAACUCGUUCGACGGGUAACUUCAGCCCGGGGGAUCGAAAGUUUUCCUAUCAACGAAUAGAUAUUAGAAGUGAAUCUCAAAAUUUAAAUUAAAUUAUUAAUUAAAUUAAUAUGGAUGGAUAAUUGUCGAGCGAGUUUCCUGGGAGAAAAAAAAGUACCUAACACUUUCCCUUGCAUAAACUUCCAGUAUUUUUGUACGAGUGAUUCCUUUUUUUUUUGCUUCGUCCUCAUUUAUUUUUUGAUACUUUUUAAAACUCAUUUUACAAAUCGACUUUUACACUAUCCGGUCUCUUGCGUUUUGUAGAAAAAGAAAAGAGAAUCCGCGAUGUUUUUUGUUGUUGAGAGAACGAUAAGAACGAUUUAUAGAUUGAGUUAGAAUAAAGCGGUUUAUUAUUAUUAUUAUUAUUAUUUAAUUUCUGGAUAAACUAUUCGUACUUUGCACUGCGUGCAUAGAAUCAUUGUAUAUUAUCUUUUUUAUUAGGCUUAAGGGAACAUCGACGCGUCUCCCGGAAGAAAGAGAGCCGAGACUUUUUUGAUUUUUUUUUGUGUCGGGGUUUUCGGCUCUUUUUCGCCGGGAGGCGAUCAUUUUUUCUACGAAGUAGCGAUCGCAGUCGAUAGUGGAUCUCAUUAAGGGAUCGUAGAAGCGAAAGUACAUUUUUAGGUGGCAAUCGACGAGCAGCUUUUUUUGGGUUUCAAAGAUAAUUUAUCUCUUUCUUUUAUAUUUAAUAAGGGCAGCUAUAUUUAAUUGGUAAUGAAAUCUAAGUAUUUUUUAGGUAAAUACAUUUUAAUUAAUGAGAAUUUAGGAAUUUGUUUGGACUUUUAUAAGUUUUAUUUGUGAUUUUUUGUGAGUUCUUAUCUUUGGUAAUACUUGGCUUUUGAAUUUUUGCCGGAAUUAUUUCCGCUCUGGAUGGAUUCUGUGAAAAGCUGCGUAUCGAUUGUUUGCCGAUCGGGAAUCUCAAUGAGUUGUAUUCAUUCGAUAGAAUACAGUAUUGCGUUGUGUUUAGUUAGUUAAGCAAUAUAUAUAUUUUUUUUUUUGUAUUUUAAGUUUCUUCCGUUUAUCGACGAUUCUUUUUUAUACGUCGGCAUUCCAAAAUACGCCCGUGUACCAUCCACCACGUCAAUAAAAGAGAGAAAAAUAUACAAGUACGUGAUGCGUAUAAUUUA